AUGCCGCUGUGCUGCGAGCGCAACGGACGGACAACCACGCAAGCAGUGGAGGAAGGACAGCCGUGUGAGGACAGCGCGAUGGAGCUGUGCGUGUGUGUGCGUGAGGCAGCACGUGACGGGCAGGGCCCGUCGUGGUCGUCGGGACGGCUGCAGCUGGCAUCAGUGGCUGCGGAGGACGUCAUGCUGCACCUGGUGCGGCUGCGGGGACGGGGAGCGCGGAACGGAAAGCCCGAUGAAUGGACGGGACGCGAGGUUGAGGGAGAGGAGAAGGCGGAGAUAGUUGUGUCGGCGAGGGCGUCAGACAUAAGGGAGCUGCACCAUCCGUCUGCUGUGCAGGCCCUCCUGCACCUCGCGCAGAGGGGCCUCGUUACUGUCACCCCCCUCGGCAUUGAUGCACCCCGUGGAGUUACCCACGCGCAACGCAUCACCCGGCCACUUGAGGAGCGCGCCGCUGGCUCUGUGCGCAUUCUGCUGGGCAUCCCCAGCAGGCUUGUCCCGGAGGUGCCGGUGGAGCAGAUGUGCUUGCCUCUGCUCGCCCCUCUGCUGACUGAGUGGCGGAAAUUCAACCACACGCAUCACAUACGCGCGCUCAUGAGCAGCCUUGCGCCAGAUGCCGUGCUGCACCCCGGGCCUCAUGGAUGUGCAACUGCUUUGCCGUGCUCCUGCCAUGCUGAUGGAGCAUUGUACGGCAACGUGGAUGGCAGCAUGGAUGACGGAUUGCCACGUAGCAGUGGCUUCGAUUUCGACCAACUGUACCGAGCUGUGCGGCCCAGCAGGCACCUUCCGUCCCUUGACUUGAGUCCACCCAACCUGCUACCUCCUCUGAGGCCGUACCAGAGCAGAGCUGUGGCGUGGAUGGUGCAGCGAGAGCGGGGCGAGCAGGGGGGAUGCGGGGAUGGUAGGCAGGGCGAAUGGUGGACGGAAGUGCAGCAUCCCUUGUGGCGGCAAGUGGCAGCAGAGAAAAGCCAUCCUGACGUCACUCUGCACUACAAUCCUAUCCAAGGUACCUUUGUGCGCCUCCCUCGCUCCAGCUGCUGUUCUCAUCCGGUCAGCAAUCACAGGAAAAUGCGCGCAGCUUCGGCAUGCACCGGUUCAAAACAUAUUGGUUCAGCGCACGCAGGGGCAGUGAGGGGCGGCAUUCUGGCAGAGGAGAUGGGGCUGGGUAAGACCGUUGAGGUGCUUGCCUGCAUCCUCUCCCACCGCUGGGAAGGCAGUGGGAAGGGAGAGACGGAGGCAGGGGUCAUUGGGAAGAGGACUAAAGGCGCGGAAAAAGGACAGUCUGAACAGUGCAGUGAGAGGGGGAAGAAAGGCGAGAAGGGAGAGGAUGGCGAGAAGGGGGGCGAGGGGAGCAGGAAGAAGAGGAAAGGGACGAUGAGGAUGGCAGCACGAAAAAUCAAGGGGCGUGGCGGUGGUGUUGAGGUGGUGAAGGGCGAGCAAGGAGAGGCCAUAAUGGAGGGGAGGAGGGGCGACAUUUCCUCGCCUGCCUCCUCGGGUGAUGAGGGGACAGACAGGGCCUUUCGUGGAAGGGGGGGUGGUAAGGUGGGAGACGGGCGUGAGGGAGGGCGAGGAGGGGGUGGAAAGGGGAAGAGGCAGGUGGAUUGGGGGCGAAGGGAGAGGCUAGAUGUGGAGUGCAGCGAGGUGUGGGAGGAGGUGGAUGAAGUCACUUCUCUUGAUCUUGCAGCUGCUGACAUCGUGCUGGCGUCAUACGAAACACUUAGUGGCGACAUCUGGCACGAUGGGCCCACAAGAGUGUUGCGGCAUAAGAAGAGGUACGAGGCCCGCCCCACGCCCCUCACACGCCUGCACUGGUGGCGGGUGUGUCUGGACGAGGCGCAGCUGGUGGAGGGCGGAACCUCCAGAGCAGCAGUCAUGGCGGCCCGCCUGUCCGCGCAGCACCGGUGGUGCGUGUCGGGCACUCCCAUUCAGAAGGGCCUGCCGGACCUGCAGAGCUUGCUUCGGUUCCUCCGAGCCUCGCCGUUUGACCUGCCGCAGUGGUGGUGCGAUUUUUUCGAGAAACCUAUUGAGCAUGGAUGCGUGCCAGCGUGGCACUCCCUCCUGGCCCUCAUGUCGCAGCUGAUGUGGCGCCAUAACAAGGCUGACGUGGCGGACGAGCUGGCGCUGCCACCUCAGCGGCAGCUGCUGACGGUGCUGCGGUUCAGUGCCAUCGAGGUGCACUUCUACCGCCAGCAGCACACCAAGUGCGCCCAGCGCGCGAAACACGUCCUCAGAUUAGGGGAGCGAGGGGGAGGGAGGGCAGGAGCAGGACCGGGCAGAGGCGGAGCUGGGGAUGGGGAUGGAGAGGAGGAGGAUCAGGGAGGGGAGCGGCAGCAGCAGCAGUCGCUGCGGUCGCUGCUGCCGUCGAGUGCGUGCCGUGCCGACCUCAACAGUUUCCUCGCGUCGCUGCUGCUGCUACGCCAGGCCUGCUGCCACCCCCAGGUUGGCUCGGGCGGGCUACGGCGUUUGAACUCGGAGCGACCCAUGCACAUGGAUGAAGUGCGGCAGGUGUGUCCCAUGCACAUGGAUGAAGUGCGGCAGGUGUGUCCCAUGCACAUGGAUGAGGUUCGGCAGGUGCUGUUGGAGAAGGCGAGGGUGGAGGCGGAGGAAGCCCAGCGUCUCCUCAUCUCCGCCCUCAACGGCCUCGCUGCUCUCGCCGCCAUCCACGCUCCCACCCUCCCCCUCCUCUCCUCCUCCUCGCCCCCCUCCGCUGCUUCUCCCCACCACUCUUUUGAGAACAUCGACCAGUGGGGAGCCGGGGCAGAGCAGGCCCGCCUGCACGUGCUGCACAACCUGCACGAGCUGCUCGCCCUGCUGCACUCCGCCACGGAAGGAAGCCAGGGGCACUGUGGCGUAGCGCGGAGUGAUAAGGGGUGCAGUUCGGUGGAGUCAGAUGGCAUUGGAGCAGGUGUGGUGGUUGCACGGACAGCGAGGGAGGAGAGGCUGGAAGGGGAGAUGGAGGAGGCGAUGGGGAAGUAUGUGGCUCCUUACAGGGCGCGCGCUGCUGCUGCCAAGAAGGCCUUCGAGGAUGUGCACUCACAGGCGAGUCAUGUGGGGGAGUGUGUGUGGUGGUGCAACCGUGAGAGUACGUGGGUGGAAGCCCAUGGGGCAUCAGCUCUCCUCUCCACCUGCACCUCGCGGUCAUGGCUCGCUCUCCUCGCAGCACUGCGGUCUUCUGUGCCCCCAGUUCGCACAGGCAGCAGCAUCACUCACUUGCAGCGCACGCUACUGGAUGAUGAUAGCUGCAGCAGGCUAGAGACAAUGAACAUGGCCAGCCUUGCUCUCAGCUUCCCCACGCUGCACGGCCUGCUGGUUGCGCUGGGAGAGGAAGUGGCCAGGCUGAUGGGAAGCAGGCAGGAAGUGCUGCAGCGAGUGGUGGACGCGGGCGGUAGGGUGGACGUUGAGGGCGUGGGGGGCAGUCUGGUGGCGCAGGCAGGCUCGUGUGGUCGCAGCAGUGCGGGGCAGGAGGAGAAGGGCGGGGCUGAGGAUUAUGAGGCUGAGGAGGGCGCGACUGAGGAGGGCGGGGAUGAGGAUGGAGGGGCUGAGGGUGUUUUGGCGAGUGGAGUGGUUGGUGCGAGGGGAGCAGAUGGGGGGGAAGGCAGUGAGCUCUGCAUGCUUUGCCAGGCGCAGGACGUGUUUGAGGUGAGAUGGGUGUGCAAUCAGACGGGCACCAGGAUACAGCGUUACGGCCGUCGUCUUAUCCAGCUGCAACUCUCAUCAGCCCCUCCAUCCCUCGCCUCCUCCUCCCAUCUCACUCAACCUCUCCACCCUACCUUCACGAGCUCUCCUGCUCCCUCUACAUCUUGCGGCCCCAUUUCCAUCUCCCAAUCGGCACUGGAAGUGCGCAAUACCCCACAGGUUCCAGCCACAGCAGCAGGGUGGCAGGACGCCAAGGGGAGGGGCACCAGGGUCAGCAGGAGAGGGGGAAAGGGAGGUGCAGGGGAGGAAGAAGAGGGAGGAGCUUUGGUGGAGUGGAAACCAGCAGACACUGCAAGGUGUUUGGCCAUUCUGCCUUGGGUGCUUGCAUCACUGCCUGAUGGCAUCAUUGGAGACGAGGACCGGGGCGUUCUGGGAGCUGCAGCAUCCCGCACUUUGGAAGCUUUGAAGGCAAUGCAGAACGAGUUCCGGUUGGCCCGAGCUUGGGCCAAGGCCCAGCGGGCUGUGCUGCGCGCAUUGCACAGAGUGCAAGUAGCCGCCAAGCGCGCCUGCCCCUUGCGCCAAGUGGACGAAUCACGUGCUGCCAGCUCACCAAUGGACAUGGCACGUACGCGGCUCACUAAGGAGAGGCCGGCAGCAAAGGCUCAGCUUGAGGAUGCCCAGGGAAGGCUGAGGGCCUCUUCAGUGCCUUCUGCAACCAUUACCAUCACGGGCAGUGCUGCUGGCAGCAGCAGCAGGGAGCCGCGAGUCCAGUGCCCCAUGUGCCGCAGGGAGGCAGUAGCAUCGGAGAUACGAGACGUGGACAACACCACUCGCAGCGAUCGCACAGCCUUUUCCAGGGAGGUGCCCUCUGCAUUGGAGCGCUUCACAUCAUCUAAUCGCCUGCCAGCCCAGUCAGCUAGUGGCAGUGGAGCGGGUGGGAGUGCAAGGUGCCGCGUGCUGCUGCUGGUUGUGGCGGUGGGGGGCAACGGGCUGAACGUGGUGGAGGCACAGCACGUGGUGUUUGUGGAGCCGGGGCUCAAUGCGGCCGCCGAGGCGCAGGCUGCCAAUCGCGUGCACCGCAUCGGCCAGACCCGCCAGACUUUUGUGCACCGCUUCAUUGUAAGCCGCCCUGUUUGUUGA